AUAUUGAUGACUGCAGCUCAGUUACGUGUGGUAAUGGAACAUGUAUCGAUGGUAUUGAUGAGUACAGCUGCUCGUGCAAGGAUGGAUUUGAUGGAACCUACUGUGACCAGGUGAAAACAGACGAUUGCCUUGACAUUUUACGGUACGGUGGAAAUAGAAAAGACGGGAUUUAUGCAAUCAGAACAUGGAGAAGUCAUCAGCUUAUUAAAGUAUAUUGCGACAUGACAACUGAUGGAGGUGGUUGGACGGUGUUCCAGUACCGUUUUAAUGGAUCAGUGGAUUUUUACAGAAAGUUUUCUGAGUAUGAGCAAGGAUUUGGAAAUUUGAAAUCUGAAUUUUGGCUGGGUCUGAGGUACAUUGAAGAGUUGGCUGCUCAAGGACGUACUGACCUACGGAUCGAUUUAGAAGCAGCAAAUGGAACAACAGGAUUUGAAACAUUCGAAAAUUUCUCCCUUUCUGUUGGACCGGCGUAUACACUGCAUAUUGGAUCAACUAUAGAUUCUUCGAGAAUUUACAGCAACAACAGGUUCGGUCCAUACCACAAUGGCAAGGAAUUUUCAACUUAUGAUCAAGGCGGCCACUGUCCUAUUGAUUGCCACGGUGCCUGGUGGUAUAACAAUUGCUUUGAGGCCAAUCUCAAUGGAAAGUACUUGACACCAGGGACAAACGACGUUCCGUCUAUGAAUUACGAAAGCUUCUUAGGUUUACAUUACGUUUCAUUGAAAUCCAGCAAGAUGAUGAUGAGAAGAAAAUGAAAUUCGUAAUAAUGAAGAGUGAGGUUCAAAUUGUAGGUGGUUCACGUUUGUAUUUACUUACUCCCAAAAGCUUCACUUAACUGUCUGAUACAUAUAUAAGGAUUUUUUCAUUUCUUGUAGCAAUCUGUAUGUACAUAUUGUCGUGUAAGUGUAAUCCUUGUUUAAUUUUUGUUCAAUGUAGCUAUACAAUAUGCUACGUGUAGGCUUGGUAUAAACACAUUCAACAGGAUACAUUUAUAUUUAAUGACAUAUGUUGUAUCAAGUCGCUGUUGCUCUGUGUAAAACACGUCUCAUUCGUUUAUGUACCUUUCUUUCCAUCGAAUGGUAAGAAAAUGAAAUAUUUACCGACUGCUCUACAUUCGAAAUAUUUGUUUCAAUAUAACUGCAAAGAAAAUUAAUACAUCAAGGCCUACACUAUACUGUAAACAGUAUCACAGUCUGUGCAAGAAUGAAACAAUACGCUUAACACUGCUAUUCAGUGUGCGAAAAGCGCCAUAUAAGCAUUAUAAUAUAUACUUAUUUAAUAAAUAUGUUUAUCAGUUUAUUUUCAAUGAAAUUUGAAAAUGUCGAGAUUUUUCCAUAUUGACAUUCAAAGUUUUAUACUUGGUAUGGCGUCAGGUUCAUUUAUGCCGUCGAGUUUAAAAGUUCUUUAACGACGAUAUUAUCAAUUUCAA